AUGGAUUACGGAUAUUCGCCCAGUCGCGAAUGUGGCACCAUGCACUUUCCCUCACCAACCGGACCCCACAGCUAUCGACUCGACAGCACCCACUUCUCCCACCUCCAGGAGCUCCGCCGCUCUCUGUCGCGCUCACCCUCCAAACAGUCGCGCUUCCAGCUCCGCAACUCCGACACGCCCCGCUCUCCCAUCUCGCCCCUCGCCAUUGCGCGCGCAUUCUCUCCCAAGGCGAACAAGGUUACCAGCCCCAUCGCCAACUUCCCUGAGUCACCACUAGCGCAAGCUGCACCGGCCAAGAAGAAGUUCUCCUUGCGACGCUCAGGCCCUUUCCGGUCAUCGCCGCGCACGCGCAACAGCAACUCCAAGAGUCCCCGGCGACGCGCCUUGGCCGAGACUUCCGACGUGGGCAACGCGACGCCCUUCAUUACGCGACACUCGCCCGGUCAAGAAAACAUCCCCGCGCGACGCCCAAGCGCAGAGUCCCCGGACACCAUGGACAUGGACAAGCGACUAGAAGUCGACGACAAGCCCAUCAAGUUCGAGUUUGCGCGCCGCCCCGAGCUGUCGCCCGCGCCACCAGCAAAGUCGAGCCCGCUCAAGCGCAAUGACGGACUGAUGAACCUCAGCGGUUCGCCCGGAUCCAGUCCCAUGGCAAAGCGCCGGAGCCUGCACGGCGUGUCGAGCCUCGGAAACGACUUCGAGAGCAUAUUCGACCCGUCCCCCGCACCGCGCAUCUCUGCCGAUGAGAGCUCGCGCUUGUACAACGACAUGACGAACGGCUUCUCCUUCAACAGCUCACCUAUUUCGGGUGCUACAUCACCAGUCCGCCGCACAACGUCACUGCGCAGGUCGACCCUAUCACAGCGAUCCAACACCCCGCGGAAGCCGAGCAACGAUGGCGAGUUCGCAAUGCCUGGGCCGGCUGCCUCCAAGACGCGCAACCGCAUGUCCCUCGACAGCACCGUCAACUCAACCACCCAAACACCGCCCGUCCAGACGCCUUUCCGCAAGUCUACCUUUGACGCCGGGCGCAUGGGAUUGCCAACGCCAUUCCCCCGCGGAGCCGGUGCAGCACAGCCGCACCCACUCUCACACGCGCAUACACCAUCUUCUGCUUCAUCCAGCCUGAGCGGCACACCAAUGGCUCCUCCCCGGGCUCCAGCCGUUCAAUGGGGCGGCCCUGCAUUCCCCCCGCCUCCGAUGCCCAACAACCCACACUUCUCUCGCUCACUUCCCAUCGGUAUCGGGCGCCCACAUGCCCCAGAUGGCGAGCAGUCGACGCAAGACUCGUUCGACACGCCCUUCAAGAUUGCGCCACCGGCACCUGUCGCCUUCUCGACCGGCCUUCUGUCCAAGAAGAACCGCAAUGCGGAUGAGCCUGCAGCAGGAGGCAUCUAUGUCAUGCCCGACACGCCAUCCAAGCGCCAGUCUUUCCCCCCUGCCGCAGCAGACCGCACUGUCAACCUUGACACACCCUUGGUCAAGAGGAGUGGCAGUCUCUUUGGCAAUGAAGCUCGCCCGCAACAUCAGUUCGGCACGCCUAGCACACCGUUCAGUGCAAACGUAUCCAAGUUUUCAACAGAGGCUUUCGGCAGUCGACCAAGCAUCUUCGGUGGUAUGAGCGGUACCAUGCAACGCCGAGGCAGCUUUGUGAGUAUCGACGGAGAUAACGAUGAGGAUGUCCAGCCGGACACACAAUCACCGACAGCGAACCGGAUGGGCGACAGUCAAUCCAGCGCGGAUGACAUGCCACCCACACCGACCAAGCCCAGUCAUGGGUCCAGCCGUCGUUCAAAGGAGAGCAGCCUGCGACGUAAGACGUUCCGCUCGCGCCCUUCCAUUGGUCAAGACACAUUUGCAGUACCCGACAAUGAUGGUCGGCCAACGAGUAAGUACACAUCUCGUAUAGAUUCAGUGACUUUUCCGGAUGAAGACAGCUCGUCAGAGGACGCUGAGUCUGAGUCAACGGUUAAUAAGUCCCCCUCCGCAUAUGCCCUCAACGCGAAUAGGAGUCGACUGCUGCGGCAAGCCAAUACUUUGGCUCGCCCUCUGUCUCUUUCGCGGGGGGUUGCCCGCACAUCUCUCCAGUCAUCGGAUAGCGAGAGCAAUACUAAACAUUCUACAGCAGCUGGAAGCCUCUUUGGCGCACCAUCACCACAGACUCCCGCGCACGAGUCUUUCGCCCCUCUUGAUGCGAGCAAGCUGUCGAUCUCCGGUAACCGACGGGGAUCGUUCCCUUUCAACAGCAGCUUUGGCUCCUUUGCGCCCGCCACACCGACAACGCCACGUGACUCCGGCUUCUUUGGAAGUGUCCAAGGAGCCAUCCCCAUCGGUCUAACAAAGAACGACGUGGAUGAGUCCUUGAGUGAACGAUUCCAUGAGAUCAAGCCUCUCGAUGGCGGAGAGGGCGAAUUCUCUACAGUGUACCGUGUGAGUCAGCCGGUCAAGGUCUCGCCGCUGAGGUCGCCCGCCGGCAGCCAAGUAUGGGUUGUAAAGAAGUCGAAGAAGGCCUACAUUGGCGCAGGAGACCGUCAGAAGAAGAUGCGUGAGGUCGACAUCCUCUACGCUCUCCAGGGCGACGAGCACGUGUUGGACAUCAAGACCCACUGGGAAUUUGACCAACACCUAUACAUCCAGACCGAGUAUUGCGAGGGCGGUAACUUGAGGAAAUACCUCGACACCGUUGGCUUUAAUAGCCGUCUCGAUGACUUCCGCAUCUGGAAGAUCCUGCUCGAACUUCUGAUGGGUCUCAAAUCCAUUCACGAUGCUGGCUACAUCCAUCUCGACCUUAAGCCUGCUAACAUCCUCAUCGACUUUGAGGGUGGACUGAAGAUUGCAGACUUCGGUCUAGCGAGUCAGUGGCCAGCUCCAGCUGGUAUUGAUGGCGAAGGCGACCGCCACUACCUUGCACCCGAGCAACUCUCUGGUCGGUUCGAUAAGCCUGCCGACGUCUUUGCCCUUGGCAUGAUGCUGGCCGAAAUUGCCGGCAACUGCGUUAUUCCUGAGAACGGCGACUACUGGCAAAAGCUACGAUCGGGCGAGUUCGAGAACGUGCUUCCCAGUCUGACUUGGAGCGCCGACAGCAGCACACUUAGUCGGGACUCCCAUGGCGACCCGGUCUCUGAGCCAGCGAGGCCUUCUAUGGAUGGCUUCCUCAUGUCGGACGCCGCAGAAGACUCAAUGGCGUCCAUUACAGUCAAGCCAGCCUCUAACCCUGAGGAGGAGCUGGCCCGAGCACCUUCAUUCAUGGUGCAGCGCAACGACCCUAACUCGAUGGACCACGUCGUCUACGCCAUGCUGAACCGAGACCCCGACAUGCGACCAACUGCCGAGCAAGUCCUUCAAUGCUACGGUUGCCGAUGGGUUGAGUCAAGACGCCGCGCUGGUGCCACCAUCUACGAAGGCAAUUUCGGACCCAGCGAUGAAGUCCUUGCCACUUACGCCGAUGAACACCAGGACGGCCUCUUCGAGGAUAUGAUGGAUAUGAGCUAA